UUCAACUAAUACCAGUCACCAUGCAUCGCAUGGCGUACUGCGUUCAGGUCUCUUCUGUUUUUCUCGCUGAAAUUUCACUUCAUGCCAUUCAUCUAUUCAACGUCCUUUUUUGUGAAGCAUUACUGAAGGCGUAGCGCAAGGAAGGCAACCUACAACCACUCCAGGGACAUCCCUGAAAUUUUCCUAACAAACAACCGGCCCAACCAUUACACAUGCUCCAGCUUCGAAGUAAUUCAGUUGCGCGGCGUCAACUCGAACGCUUGUGCCUGAAGAACCAACAAACUUCCAUAUUAUUCCCAGCUACUCCAACAGCAUGCACUCAAGUCACCAAGUUUUUGCGAGAUAAUAAUCCGGGUCGCCAAAUUUGCAGGACUCUUGGACAUUGACAAAGCUAUUUUCGGUAGCCGACUACCGUUUUUAAGAGGCGAGCUUCCAAAGUUCAGAUUUUAACUUCCCUCCCGUUCUGAGAAGAUGGAACCGGAAAAUUACAAAACUCUCCAAGUCUCCCGUGGUUUCACUUAUCGCUAUUUUUCUGUCCCCGCGAAAGGGAGUGGAAAUAAGACUAUUCUGUUUCUGCAUGGAUUCCCGAACGCUGAUACGGAUUGGAGGCAUCAGGUUUCAUUCUUCAAAGGCCGCGGCUACGGCCUCAUCGUCCCCAACCUGCUAGGCUAUGGUGGAAGCUCCAAACCUACAGAUCCGGCCGAAUAUCGUCAAAGUCUCAUGUCGAAAGAUCUAGUAGAGAUUUUGGAUAAAGAAGGUGUGGAGAAAGUUGUUGCUAUUGGGCACGAUUGGGGUGCAUACGUCGCCGGACGGUUUGCGUUAUUUCAACCUCACCGUACGGAAGCCGUGGGCUUCAUCACAGUCGGGCACGUCCCCCCUUCCCUAUCCCCGAAAUUUGAACUCGAACCGUCGUUCGAAAUUACAAAAAAGCGAUUUGGAUAUGAAGUGUUGGGAUAUUGGGAAUUUUUUGCAUCCCUUGAUGCGCCCAAGGUUUCGAUGGAUAACUUCGAAACGUUCUUCAACAUAUUAUGGCCUGAUGACCCUAAGACUUGGAUUUCAGAUAUGGCACCCCUGGGAGCGUUGAGGAAGGCUUUGGAAGGAAAGAAGGUUCUACCUGCUCCACGUUGGAUGUCAGAGGAGGAUAAACGUUUGAUAUCCGAACCUAUCCUCAAAAACGGACUUGAAGCAUCGAUGUGCUACUAUAAACUACAUGUUCAAGGUUUUGGGGCAGAAGACGAUCAAUUGUUGGCCGGGAAAGCCGAAAUUCCUCAACCCGUUUUCUUCCUCGACGCAACCGACGAUUUCAUUGCUGGGGAAGAGUAUUUUAUGACCGCUCUUGGUCACACCGAGAGCCCAGUCAAGAAGUACUGCAAGAACGCGACCGUGAAACAAGUGAAGGUCGAUCAUUGGGUGAUGUUGCAUAUUCCCGAUAAGUUGAACGAUAUGUUACUCGAGUGGAUGGAGACAUUUUGAUACGAAGGAAACGGGUGGAUUAAGGAUCUUAUUUCCACAGAAUGUAAUGGAACUGAAAUCCGUUUUACUUCGACGCUUAACUCCGGGAUCUGUCAGAGAAAAAGACAGGUCGUUAAUGUUGCUUGUGCACCUCCUGAUCUGUGAAGGAUCGUGAAUGGGCGAGUUGAAUGGACGGAGGAAACUGUAUUCUCGAGAAACGGAAGGUCUUGUUUUUUUUUGUCAAGGC